AUGGGUAAUUGUGUGACAAACAGAACAAAAAUCUAGACCAAUCUAGAGAAACCCCAAAAGUUGUACAUUCACCAAGCCUUUAUGAGACACACACUUACAAACCCAGAAUCUCGUAAGUAACUAUUGCUAUUUGAAGACAAUUUCAUUGACAUGUUUGAUGAAAGUCCCAUUUUGGGAUAAAGCAUGUAUUGGUUUUUAUUAGGACUGCAAAACAAUGAGUAGAAGGGGAUCGAAUACGAAACGAUGCUCCAUAUAUCAGAGGUCUUCGUUUUGGGUAAAUCAGAAAAUGAAAUAUUAAGAUUACCAAACAGAGUUUCUUUAAUUGUAUUAAUAGUCUCCCUGUUUGGUAAUUUGAAUGUCAAGGAUGCGAUCAAACAAUUUGCCUCCAUGGAAAUCACUUAUUUGUAGACAACCAAAUGUAUGCAAGUGUUUAUCAAUAUGAUGUUGAGAAAGCAGAAUGUGAAUGAACAGCCAAUCAAAUCAUUUGUAGAUUCAAUAUUCUAGAAAGUUAAUGGCAACGUUCCGAUCUUGCAGUUAAUUAAAUUUUUUGAUAAUUACAUGGCACAGUUAGAAGAAAUUGUCGAAGAUUAUUAUUACAAUAAAUUUCUCGGAGAAUAGAAAUUAUUUCGUAAUCCCCAAUUGUAACAUCCCUCUCACAUCUUGAAUCAAGAAUGGAUAGCAUUUAUGUAUUUGAGUUUCAUGCACAAAGACACUAACAAAUUGGAACUACUCUACUCCACCAAUGUUCAUGAGAGGAGCUUUGAGUUAUUGUCUCAUCUUCUUACUGAAUGUCAAACAAGUGUAUUAUUCUUAAUCCAGUGUGAAGAAGUUAAUCGUAAGUACAUCUUUGGAGCAUAUACAAAUUUUGAAUGGAAAGAUGAUGCUCAACCUAAUGGUAGCAAAGAAGAUUGCAUAUUUCAAAUGUUCCCAUAAUACAAGGUUUACAAAACUAAAAAUGAUAAAUUUACUCGAUCACAAUGUACUUACCUAAAUUCAAAGCACUCAGAAUUAAAGCAAGGCAUUGGAUUUGGAGGAGAAUUAGCAAAGGAAUUUAGGGUUUUUCUUAAUUAAGAUCUCCUUAAUGUAUAAUGCAAAAAUCAUGAUAAAACUUAUGAGCCUGGAGAGUUGAUGCCUCUCAAAUAAGCCAAAGUAUCUAUCCUCGAAGUUUGGACCAUUUAAUAGAUUUAAGGUACUACAUAAUUUAAAGAUCUGAUUUAUCAAAAAAUUGAUGAAUAAAUUGAAUUGGAAGAAUUCGAAAACCCAUUAGUUCAUUUAGAUGAAGAUAUCAGUUCCUAUAGAUCUGGUGAUCAUCCAUCUCUAAAUCAGUCUAUUCAUUAAUUACAAGAGAGGGAUUCAUGCGAUUGGGAGGGAGAAAGUUAGAAUGGAUUUGAAGAAGAGAUCAUCAUAAGAGGGGAUGGAUUUGAAGAAGUGAAGAAAAAUGAACAAGGAUUCGAAGUCAUUCCUUUGAAUGAAGCAAGUAUCAAUAAAAAGAGUACAAAGGUGUAAAACUAAGAAAAGGCACCAUAACCUCCACAACAGGAAGACAAUCAAUUUGAAGAAGUUCUGAUCAAAACAUCGUAAUGUAUGGAUUCCUCUGCACUUUAAAUGGUGUACAAUGUCGUUUCAGGAGCCUUUGGACAGGCUGAAACAGAUGAUAAUUGGAAUGGGGAUAACUCUGAUUGGAAAGGUGAUGGAUCCACUACUGCCAAACAAAGUCGAGUUCAAUUAAGUAAGGAUUUGGCUACAAUCACUGAGGAACUUAAGGAGUCUACCAAUACCCAAUAUUGAUUACAUUAAAUAAUAUAUUUAAUACUAAAGUUAAAAAUCAAUUAAUAAAA